AUGAGUUUUGAAGAAAAACCAAAACGUCGUCGAAUAAUUAUAAUCAGUGGCGAUGAAAGUAUUAUUGAUGAAAUAAAAAAUAGUAAGAAUGCUUCAUUAUGUAAAUCAGUGAUACUUGAAACUGAAGAUGGCCCUACCGAAAGCCCUUGUGAAGAAAUUAAUCUGCUAUCAUCAACUCAGAAAAGAAUAAAAACUUCUGCAUUGACCUGCGUUAUUUGUGGAGCACCAGCACUUGGAUAUAAUUUCGAUGUUAUGUCAUGUGAAAGUUGUAAAUCAUUUUUUCGUCGAAAUGCUUUAAGAAAUCCACCACCUGAAUGUCCUCGACAAGGUUUAUGUCAAAUCACAUUUGAAUCUCGUCGUCGAUGUUCUAGCUGUCGUUUGUUCAAAUGUUUAAGUAGUGGAAUGAGUCGUGAUCGACUUGUAUUGGCUGAAAAGAAAGCAAACAAACAUCGUAAAAAAAGUGAAACCUUCGAUUUAGAUUUGGAAACAAAUAUUAUGGUUCAUAAUGAAUUAGUAUCACCACUGAAUUCAGAUUUCUUCAUGAUACCAAAUUGUCUUCAACAAUCUUCAGUAGAAGCAAAACGGGGGCUACUUAGUCAAGAAGAUUUCCAACGUAUUGAGUAUAUACAACUUUUAUAUCAAAGACGAAUCGAACUGGCUCGUGAUGGCCUUCCAUGGAAUCCUUCAAUGCAUUCAUUUACAUUUUUACAAAAACUCAAUAGCCACUCAGUACCGUUGAUAAGAUUAUUAACAUUUUUCAAACAAAUACCAGAAUUCGAUCAAUUAGAUGUUGAUGAUAAAGUUACUUUAAUUAAAUUCAAUCUUCUACCACUUCUAUGUAUUAAUUGUACACUGUCGUAUAAAACUGAAACCGAUCAAAUCGUUGAAACGGAUUCUGAUGCGCCAUGGGAUUCAGCUGUUAUACAAGAUGUUUAUGGUUAUGAAGGCUAUUUACAAAUGAGGAAAGUCUUUGAAUCAUUCGUACAUAUCGCACAGUAUGACCAACGAAUUAUUCAAUUAAUGCUUAUUACACUUGUAUUAACAAAAGGCUUUGCAACAGGUGAUGGUGAAUUUGAACCUAUUCUCAAUGAUGGCAUGGCUGUUUAUCGUGCACAAAGUUAUUAUACAGAACUACUAUGGAGAUACAUUGAAACAGUACAUGGGCCGGUUAAAGCUGUUAAUGUAUGGGGGAAAAUCAUAACACAUUUGAUAACAUGGCAAACACUUUUUAAACAACUACGAGAUAGUGUUGAACAAAGUUUAUUAUUUAGUGAUAAAAGCGAAUUAUUACCAUUAAUGAAAUUAUUAUUUCAUAUAUCAUAA